AUGGCCGGCAAGCCAGGCAUUACUUCGAACAUCUUCGUGUCUGCUGCGCGAGGCCACCCGUCCGACGAAGGUCGAGGUGAUAAAGGCUAUCGAAAGCAACAUCUCACCUGGCUCAUCAGCGUAGAGCCUCACAAGCAUGCCCUACCCUUGCUGCCACAACGGACGAUCGAACGAGUGCAUUACGUAGCCAUCCGGACAGACGGUCACUAUAAGCUCGAAAAGCAUCCCAACCAUGACAUUAUUGGCAGCGUACUUGUGGCCGAGAAAGCGCAUAUUGAUGCCGAAAAGCUACAUGCAGUAGUUGAGGAAGGCCUGAAAGGAUUGUCUCCAUCUUCGGAAUCAUCGUCAGAUGAUGACACUGACGACGCCUCCGAAUUAUGGCUCAGAAAAGCGCUCCAUGUCCUACAACAGCACAAAUACACGCAGUCAUCGUUCGAAGUCGGCAAGUUCAUGACCUUUGCUCACGGCUACAUGGCCAGUCGGACUGAUGAUGGGGAUAUGCCAUCCACCAUUACAUACGCUCCACUCUUCGACAAGGAUCAGAAGUCGCAUGACCCAGCCAAAGACGACCACCAGAAGAAGCCGCGGUUUGGUUUCUGGGUUUCACAUCCAAUGAGCAAAGUGCAACGACACAUUGAUGAAGAGAGUCGGCCGUACGGCGGACUGAUGUAA